AUGCUGAUUCUUGAAGUCCCUGGUCAAUUCCUGUUCAUUGCUUCAAAACCGGUCGACGCGUCGUCAGGAGAUCCUGUGUCCGACGAACGCGCAGCCGUUUCUUAUUGGGAGUGUGGAUGGCGACUGCCGGGAUAUAGUAGUGGUUUACACGCUCACCAAAAUGCCGAAGAUAUCAUAUUUUGGAAGUGGAUCAAUGAGAAGACAAUCGCUCUUGUCAGCGAAACUGCUGUUUACCACUGGUCAAUUGAAGGUAAUUCUGGUUUUCCUGGCCUUUUUGCUCUUUUUUUUUCGCUGGGAUUGUGGUUUCAUAUUGUAGGCGAUGCUGCCCCCAUGAAAAUGUUUGAUAGACAUCAAUCCUUAGCUGGUAGUCAGAUCAUCAACUAUCGUGCAGAUGCCGAUUGCAAAUGGCUCGUAUUGGUCGGCAUCGCGGCCAAGGUAAAUGGGGUCCGUAGAUACUAG